AUGAUCUUCCAAACCAGUCUUCUGUUGUGGUUGACACCAGUAUUCGGGCUUCUUCAGCUCAGGAAUUCUCUUGACACGAUUGUAGAAAAAUAUACCAACUCAAACAUUGAGAUCCAUACAUUUAACCAGAGUCAGUACCCUCGUUUAGCAGUCGACAAUUUCACGCCACUUCCAUGCAUAAAAGAUGCUGGAAAAGAUGGAUGGUACCCCCCUGGUCAUGGCGAUGUGUUCCCUUCUUUAGUGAAUAGUGGCAAGCUUGAAGCAUUAUUAUCACAGGGCAAAGAAUAUGUCUUUGUUGCGAAUUCGGAUAACUUGGGUGCUGUUGUUGAUUUGAAAAUUUUAAGUCAUUUGAUCAACAACAAGAAUGAAUACUGCAUGGAGGUUACACCAAAAACUAUGGCUGAUGUGAAAGGUGGUACAUUAAUUUCUUAUGAAGGAAAAGUUCAGCUGCUCGAAAUAGCACAAGUUUCUGAUGAACACGUUAAUGAAUUUAAGUCAAUAGAGAAGUUCAAAAUUUUCAAUACAAACAACUUGUGGGUGAACUUGAAUGCAAUCAAAAGACUUGUGCAAGCAGAUGCACUGAAGAUGGAGAUCAUUCCCAACCCAAAGGAAGUGGAUGGAAUCAAAGUUCUUCAACUUGAAACUGCUGCUGGGGCUGCAAUAAGGUUCUUCGAUCGUGCUAUUGGCAUAAAUGUUCCCCGGUCUCGCUUCCUUCCUGUGAAAGCAACUUCAGAUCUGCUUCUAGUCCAAUCUGAUCUUUACACCUUAUCUGAUGGUUUUGUGACCCGGAACCCAGCAAGGACCAAUCCAGCCAAUCCUUCAAUUGAAUUGGGACCUGAAUUUAAGAAGGUUGCCAACUUCUUAAGUCGGUUUAAGUCUAUCCCAAGUAUCAUUGAGCUGGAUAGCCUGAAGGUGACUGGUGAUGUAUGGUUUGGAUCUGGCAUUGCUUUGAAGGGUAAAGUGACAAUUGCUGCGAAACCCGGUGUGAAGUUAGAAAUCCCCGAUGGAGCUGUAAUUGCUAACAAGGAGAUCAAUGGCCCAGAGGACAUAUAA